AGAGUAUCUUGGACAAAGUGGACGGGUACAAAGAAGCGGAGGGACAUGGUGGAGUUUACCAAGCAGAAACGACACGCUGCCCGAAUUGCUCUUUAGCAGAUCGCACAUUUAGGAGCCCUCUGGCUGUGUGGCCCCUAGGGAGACUCCUGCCGGGGCCCGCAGCUCGCAAGGGCCCAGAUGCAGCAACCCCCGCGGCUCUUCGCCGUCAGUGCCUGUGCCUGGGUCAGCAGUUUCUGCCUCCCUGGACAUUUAGGGACGACGGAAUCUCCGGAGGAACGUGAGACUAUGUCUGUUACCGUCCAUGAGAAUCGCAAGUCACGGACCAGUACGGGAUCCAUGAACAUAUCCUUGUUUCAUAAGCCGUCGCACCCGGACAGCGUGCUGACUCACCUGAACACUCUGCGAAAGCAGCGCAUGUUCACUGACGUGACGCUGUGGGCGGGCGAGCGCUCCUUCCCCUGCCACCGCGCCGUGCUGGCCGCCUGCAGCCGCUACUUCGAGGCCAUGUUCAGUGGGGGUCUUCGUGAGAGCCUGGACGGCGAGGUCAACUUCCACGACUCUGUACAUCCUGAGGUGCUGGAGCUGCUGCUGGACUUUGCCUACUCCUCGCGGCUGGUUAUCAACGAGGAAAAUGCAGAGUCGUUGCUGGAGGCCGGAGACAUGCUGCAGUUCCAUGACAUCCGCGAUGCCGCCGCCGAAUUCUUGGAGAAGAACCUGCAUCCCUCCAACUGCCUGGGCAUGAUGUUGUUGUCGGACGCCCACCAGUGCAAGCGACUGUAUGAGCUCUCCUGGAGGAUGUGCCUGCUGCACUUCGAGGCUCUUUGGGACACUGAGGACUUCCACAGCCUCUCCAAAGACAAGCUUUUGGACCUCAUCCUUAGUGACGAGCUGGAGAUCGAGGAUGAGAAGGUCGCGUUCAGCGCUGUGGUGCGCUGGGUACGUUACGACCUUGACAGACGGAGAGAAUACCUCCCCGAGCUUCUCAAGGGCAUCCGUUUGGCACUGCUGCCCUCAGAUUACCUGCUGGAUGACGUGGCAUGCGAGGAGCUAGUCAAGUCUGACAAGCGCAGCUGGCAGAUCGUAGAGGAGGCCGUGCAGUGCAAGCAGAGGAUCCUGCAGAACGAUGGUGUGGUCACCAGCCCAUGUGCCCGCCCCCGCAAGGCCGGUCACACACUGCUCAUCCUGGGAGGUCAGACCUUCAUGUGUGACAAAAUAUACCAGGUGGACCACAAGGCUAAGGAGAUCAUUCCUAAGUCAGACCUACCUAGUCCCAGGAAGGAAUUUAGUGCCUGUGCCAUUGGUUGUAAGGUCUACGUCACUGGGGGAAGGGGAUCCGAGAAUGGGGUCUCCAAAGAUGUAUGGAUAUACGACACUGUCCAUGAGGAGUGGUCCAAAGGGGCGCCCAUGCUGAUCGCCCGCUUUGGCCAUGGUUCGGCAGAGUUGGAGAACUGCCUCUAUGUGGUAGGGGGGCACACAGCCAUAGCAGGCGUCUUCCCGGCUUCCCCGUCAGUUUCCCUCAAACAGGUUGAGCGAUAUGACCCCCUCACCAACAAGUGGUCUAUGAUGGCUCCGCUCCGGGAUGGUGUCAGCAAUGCGGCCGUGGUCAGCGCCAAACUGAAGCUCUUUGUGUUUGGCGGCACCACGAUCCACCGGGACAAGGCCUCCAAGGUGCAGUGCUACGACCCCGGGGAGAACCGCUGGGCCGUCGCGGCCGAGUGCCCGCAGCCCUGGCGCUACACGGCCGCCGCCGUGUUGGGCAGCCAGAUCUUCAUCAUGGGGGGGGACACAGAGUUCACUGCCGCCUCCGCCUACCGCUUCGACUGCGACAGUAACCAGUGGACGCGGGUCGGCGACAUGACGUCCAAGCGGAUGAGCUGCCAUGCAGUGGCAUCGGGAAACAAGCUCUAUGUGGUCGGGGGCUAUUUUGGGACGCAGCGGUGUAAGACCCUGGAUUGCUAUGACCCUACCUCAGACAGCUGGAACAGCAUAACCACUGUGCCUUACUCACUCAUUCCCACUGCGUUCGUUAGCACCUGGAAGCACUUACCAGCCUAACGCCAACCGUGUGGAUCAAGUCGCUUAAUUGGGCACGCCAUCUCCCAUCUCGGAAGGGCUUUUUCCUCCCUGCUCCGAGCGCAGAUCCAGGGUCCACUGGGACUGCCGAUCGACGCAAGUCACCACCAUCACCUCCCCCUCACCUCCACCCUCCUCGUUCCGGAUCCGAGCAGACCGGGAGUCAGGAGAGCCUUUGGGGCGGAUGCCAUGGCCAGGGUCGCUGCACAAAGCUCAAUGCAUACCUUGCUUCCUGCUGGAUUCUGCCAGUUGCCAUGGAGACAGACUCUACAGAACACCGCAUUGUUGCUGCUUCACCGCCCCCCCUCUCCCCCUACAUAUCUUCCUAUUGCAGAUUCUCAGGAAGCGGAGGAGUCCAGGCUCAGUCCUGAGUCCAAGGUUUUCUCUGAGUCUCUGAAUGCAUGCGCUGUAGCCAGUGUCAUGACCGAAUUUGCACAGGGCCGCCGUGCCAGUGGCGCUCUUAACCCGCCAUGAGGUGGCGCCGUGAGUCUGGCGGCGUCCACUCAGUGCCCGGCUGCGGGAAAGUCCUACCCAACUCUGCAAAAAAUAAUAAUGAUAAAAACACAGGCGGAGGACAGGAUUACUGGAACUUAAUUACCUUUUCAGAGGUUCAUAAAAAGUCUGGCAAAUCAGAGGAUUGAUAAGUUGUUGCCAUGGUUUACCAGAGGGUCGGGUUUAUUACAGGCUAAGUCUCCCUUUUGGUACUUUCAUGACUGACGUGUACAGUAUUUGAUAUCUGUGAAACGCGGAGCAGUCUGGUGUGACCCAGCCGCUGCCCGCUGGCACAAACCUGCUGUAAGCUUCUGUUCAGCAUUCGGUUUUUUUUUUUUGGAAAUUGCUGAGAUUGAAAUAUCUUUUGCCGUUAAUAUAUUCACCCUAACGAUGUACGAUUUGCACUGUUUCGUCACGAUGCUGGCCAACAAGAUACCGCUGCCGCACUUUGCGAACGGACGCUCCUCGGAACCGUUUGGAAACUGGGUGGAAGGGUGGAGUGGUUCGACUCAUUUCAGAUUUUCUUUAUUUUUAUCUAGAUUUGGGGCCGGCAGCGUUCAGAUGAAGUUUUCACUCAAACAGUGUUCUUUUGUUUGCGCCCCCACCCCCCUCAAAUUGAGCGGGGGUUUGUGAAAAAUAGAUUUUACUGGCUUUGUCAUGGAGUUAACUCCCUGUGCCUAAUAUCUUCAGCACAUACGAUGACUUUGCACCAGCGACAGGUCUGCCCUGGCUGAGAGAUGCAUCAGCGGCUGUAAUCAUGGCAUGAACAAUGAGCACCAGCCUGCCUCUUCAUUCUACAUCUUACCUCUCCUAUCGACGCACCUUUGUGCUUUGAAGUGAAAGAGUAAACAUUAAGCCUUUGAUUAAACUUGUUUCGAAAAUAAAUCUCGCCUGAAUUGAUGUGACCGCCA